AUGGCAGACUUCGGAGGUCCAGAGAAAGACCAAGUUCCCGAACCGUCUUCGGGAUCGCAUCUCACCCAGCAGCGCUCAAACGAUCUGAUGGAGGAUCUAGAGAAAAAUGUUCACACAUUAGCAUCCUUCCCAGCACACACCUCACAUUCAAACUCAUCUCACGAGUCGAUAGACACGGAUCCGCCAUCACCCCUCGAACGCGCCUUGACAGCUACAGAUCUCGCUACUGAACCCGAGCAAGAAAUCUGCCAACCUCUAACUUACACCCGGACCGGAGCUUCGCUCGCCACCACUGGAUCCCAAAUCCCAGCUUUCGAGGUCGAUUUCGCUGAGAAUGAUCCCGAUAACCCAUUGACCUGGCCCUUGUGGUACCGCAGUAUGGUGAUCACGGCCGUCAGUUACGGGACAUGGACUGUGGUUCUGUUCAGCACGAGUUACACAUCCAGUAUACCUGGCAUGAUGGAGGAAUUUGAGGUGGAAAGCAGGUUAGUAGCGACAAUGGGCUUCACAACCUACCUUCUCGGAAUGGGUGUGGGAGGAUUGGUUUUGGCACCGAUGAGUGAGAUGUACGGGAGAAGGAUCGUGUAUAAUCUCAGUCUGGCUUUUUUCUCUUUGCUUGUGUUACCAUGCGCUCUAGCGCGCUCGCUCUCUGUAAUUACGGUUGUUCGCUUUAUGAGCGCCUUUGCUGGCUCUGCUAUGACAGCAAAUUCGCCUGGAACAGUGAACGAUGUUGUGACCGAGGACCAUCGUGCUCUUGCUUUCAGUAUAUGGAGUAUUGCCCCGAUGAAUGGACCCGUCACGGGACCCCUCAUCGGUGGGUUUGUAGCGCAAUACCUAGGUUGGCGAUGGACGAAUUGGCUUGUGUUAAUUUUGGCUGGGGCAGGAUGGAUUUGGUGCUCAUUGAUGCGAGAAACGUACGCUCCCUUAAUAUUGCAAAGGAAAGCAGCGAAGAUGAGGAAAGAGACUGGAGAUGAAAGAUGGUGGUCUCGCUAUGACCAAAAAUUGAGUGUCUUCGAAGUUUUGAAGACCAACCUCUCGAGGCCCUUUGUGCUGGCAGUUACCGAGCCUAUAUUAUGGUUUUGGAACGCCUAUAUUGGCUUCAUUUACGGUGUGUUAUACAUGUGCUUUGUAGCGUACCCAAUAGUCUACACCGACCUCCGUGGCUGGUCACUAGGCAUGACCGGCUUGGGAUUCGUGGGCAUCGGAAUCGGGACCAUGUUCGCAAUUUGCACCGAGCCUCUGGCCCGCCGGAUCGUGAACUCCCACCCGAAGGACCCCGAAACCGGGCGCGUCUACCCAGAAGCUUCAAUCAGCAUCGUCUGCUUCGCCUCCAUCCUCUGCCCGAUCGGCCAACUGUGGUUCUCCUGGACUUCCGUCCCUAUCACCAUCCAUUGGAUCUGGCCUAUCCUGGCAGGAAUCCCAUUCGGAGCCGGCAACACUCUGGUCUUCAUCUAUGCCUCGAACUACAUCAUUGGCUCGUACGGGAUAUAUGCUGCGUCGGCCCUCUCUGGCAAUAGCAUUACUAGGGCGAUGGUCGGUGCGACGCUGCCUCUUGCGGGCCCGAAAAUGUUUGCGGCGCUGACGCCGCAGUGGGCCGGUACCCUCUUGGGACUUGUGCAAGUGGUGAUGAUACCUAUCCCGUUUGUAUUUUACAAGUGGGGAGAUCGGAUCCGUGCCCGGAGUCCGCUGAUCAAGCAGAUGCGGGAGGACCAGGAGAGGAUUGCGAGAAAGGUUGAGGUGGCUGCGACAAAGGGUAGGAAGAAGAAUGUUGCUCCCACGACGGGACAGGUCUGGGUGGUUGAAGAGGAGAGGCAGGUUAAUGAUGAGGAAGAGGGGGGUGGUGUUAGUUGCGCUGGGGUGAUAGGCGCAGAAAAGAACUGA